AUGGAUGAUUCUCAGUCCACUCCUGAUGGAAUCAUUGUCGAAAACAGUAAAGCAAGCGAAGAAAGGCUCAAUGCCGAGGAAGAGAAGCACAACAAUGGAAUCAACGGGGAGAGUGAUGGAGAAGUGGCACAGCACCCAGAAAGUGGGGAUACGGCCCCAGCAAUGGAACACAACGCCCCUGUGGUGCCUGUUCCUGCUAAAGAGCUGGUAGACCAAACUCUGCAGACUGAUAGCAACGUGAGUGUUUUUAGGCGCAAAGAACUGAUGGACCAAAGCGAGCAGACAGAUAUUUUUGGGAGUGAAACUAGUAGCACCGCAUCUCCUAGAAAGCUGUCCCAAAGUAGCCAGCAAUCCCGCCGCAUUAGCUUCCAGAUCGGCCAGAGCAGUCCGGAGAUCCCAGGCCAGGAAUCCCGCCGGAACAGUCAGCAGAUCUCAGGCCAGGAAUCCCGCCGGAGCAGCCUGCGGAUCCAAAGUCCAGAACCUUGCAGGAGUAGCCAGGAAAUCCCUGGCCAGGAAUCCCAUCGGAGCAGUCAGCAAUCCAUCAGCCCCCAGAUUCUACAGAGCCCGAAUCGAGAACCCCAGAUUGUCAGCAGUGUUGGCGAAAUGAUGCGGAGUAUUGAAGAACAUUUCAUUCCUCCAAUGGAUAUGGAAAUGGAACUGCUGUCUCGGCAGGACAGCCAACAAAUGAAAGAGUCUCAGCGAACAGGAGAGUCUCAGCAUAGCAGUCAACAAGUGGAAGGGCAGGAGUCUCAGCAUAGUAGCCAGCCAGCUGAAGAGUCUCGGAGAACGGGAGAGUCUCGACGUAGCAGCCAGCAAGAAGAGCCUCAGCAAGUGAAAGACUCUUGGCAAAUCGGAGAGUCUCGACGUAGCAGUCAGCAAGCCGAAGAGUCUCAGCAAGCGGAAGAGUCUCGGCGAACGGGAGAGUCUCGACGUAGCAGUCAGCAAGCCGAAGAAUCUCAGCAAGUGGAAGAGUCUCGGCGAACGGGAGAGUCUCGACGUAGCAGUCAGCAAGCCGAAGAAUCUCAGCAAACGGAAGAGUCUCGGCGAAUGGGAGAGUCUCGACGUAGCAGUCAGCAAGCCGAAGAAUCUCAGCAAGCGGAAGAGUCUCGGCGAACGGGAGAGUCUCGACGUAGCAGUCAGCAAGCCGAAGAAUCUCAGCAAGCGGAAGAGUCUCGGCGAACGGGAGAGUCUCGACGUAGCAGUCAGCAAGCCGAAGAAUCUCAGCAAGCGGAAGAGUCUCGGCGAACGGGAGAGUCUCGACGUAGCAGUCAGCAAGCCGAAGAAUCUCAGCAAGCGGAAGAGUCUCGGCGAACGGGAGAGUCUCGACGUAGCAGUCAGCAAGCCGAAGAAUCUCAGCAAGCGGAAGAGUCUCGGCGAACGGGAGAGUCUCGACGUAGCAGUCAGCAAGCCGAAGAAUCUCAGCAAGCGGAAGAGUCUCGGCGAACGGGAGAGUCUCGACGUAGCAGUCAGCAAGCCGAAGAAUCUCAGCAAGCGGAAGAGUCUCGGCGAACGGGAGAGUCUCGACGUAGCAGUCAGCAAGCCGAAGAAUCUCAGCAAGCGGAAGAGUCUCGGCGAACGGGAGAGUCUCGACGUAGCAGUCAGCAAGCCGAAGAAUCUCAGCAAGCGGAAGAGUCUCGGCGAACGGGAGAGUCUCGACGUAGCAGUCAGCAAGCCGAAGAAUCUCAGCAAGCGGAAGAGUCUCGGCGAACGGGAGAAUCUCGACGUAGCAGUCAGCAAGCCGAAGAAUCUCAGCAAGUGGAAGAGUCUCAGCUCAACAUCCAGAAGUACCAGAGUCUCGAAAAGGCAGCCAAGACCAAGAGGCACCAGGGUCCAGAAAAAGCAGUCAACAUCCAGAAGUACCAGAGUCUCGAAAAGGCAGCCAAGACCAAGAGGCACCAGGGUCCAGAAAAAGCAGUCAACAUCCAGAAGCACAGGAGUCCCGAAAAGGCAGCCAAGACCAAGAGGUUCAAGGGUCCAGAAAAAGCAGUCAACAUCCAGAAGUACCAGAGUCCCGAAAAGGCAGCCAAGGCCAAGAAGCACCAGCGUCCAGAAAAAGCAGUCAACAUCCAGAAGCACCAGAGUCUAGAAAAGGCAGCCAAGACCAAGAGGUUCAAGGGCCCAGAAGGGACAGCCAACAGCCAGAAUCCCGAAAGAGCAGCCAACAGCCAGAGAUGCAAGACUUCCAGAAAUCAGGGGAUAGCACUAGAAAGCGGUGGAGAUGCAGGAACGGCUUCAGGACCACUUGGACCUGGGGCUGAUGCUGAGGAAGCAGAAAUGGUGGCUGAAGAAAGCCACCGAAGCAGUGCUAGUGUCAACGCAAAGGCUGAGGAUCAGGAGACCUCCCAUCAAGCAUCACGCCAUGGCAGUGAGCAAGCCUCAGGACAAGGGUCACACCAUGGCAGCCAGCAAGCCACAGGUCAGGAGUCACACCAUAGCAUUGAGCCAGCCUCAGGUCAAGGGUCACACCGUGGCAGCCAGCAAGCCUCAGGUCAAGGGUCACACCAUGGCAGUCAGAAAGAUGUAAGUCCAGAGCAAGCGGAGGAAGAGGAGCUCCUGGGUCCAGCGGACGAAGAGGCGCUCCAAGGUCCAGAGGAGAUUGAGAAAGUGCUCAGCCGCCGCCUGAGCGAGGCCACCCUUCAAAGCAUAGCAGCCAUGGAAUCGGACACAAAAUCCGAGCCGAUCUACAGCAUCGUUUCCGGAGACGAAGAGUGCUGGGUUAACACCAAGACAGGCAAGCAGGUCGUGACGCAGGGCCAGCAGACGGAUGAGUCCUCUUUUCAGACACCUCCAGAGGACACGGAAAUAUGUCCAUCACCAGAAGACCAGAUAGAAAUUCCUGAGCCAGAUGCAUGUUAG